AUGGAGCCUGAGGAGUACAGACGGAGAGGGAAAGAGAUGGUGGAUUACAUUUGCCAGUACCUGAGCAAUGUGAGAGAGAGACGGGUGAUUCCUGAUGUGCAGCCAGGUUACAUGAGAGCCCAGUUGCCGGAUUCUGCCCCAAUGGACCCAGACAGCUGGGACAACAUCUUUGGAGAUAUAGAGAAGAUUAUUAUGCCCGGGGUAGUCCAUUGGCAAAGUCCACACAUGCAUGCCUACUUUCCAGCUCUUACUUCCUGGCCUUCGCUCCUUGGAGAUAUGUUGGCUGAUGCAAUUAACUGCUUAGGAUUCACAUGGGCCUCCAGUCCAGCCUGUACAGAACUGGAAAUGAAUGUGAUGGAUUGGUUGGCUCAAAUGCUGGGCCUUCCAGAUAAAUUCCUGCACCACCAUCCCGAGAGUGUGGGCGGAGGAGUAUUACAGAGCACUGUGAGUGAAUCAACCCUGGUUGCGCUGCUAGCAGCAAGGAAAAACAAAAUUCUGGAGAUGAAGCUUUCUGAGCCAGACACUGAUGAGUCCUUGCUCAAUUCUCGCCUCAUCGCUUACGCGUCUGAUCAAGCGCAUUCUUCUGUGGAAAAGGCUGGCUUGAUUUCUCUUGUGAAGAUGAAAUUCCUGCCUGUGGAUGAGAACUUUUCCCUCAGAGGUGAAACUUUGAAGAAAACCAUUGCAGAAGACAGAAAGAAAGGCCUAGUGCCAGUCUUUGUUUGUGCAACUCUGGGUACAACUGGUGUCUGUGCUUUUGACAAUCUCUCAGAACUGGGUCCAAUUUGUGAUGCUGAGGGACUCUGGCUUCACAUUGAUGCUGCAUAUGCAGGAACAGCAUUUGUGUGUCCUGAGUUUCGAUUGUUCUUGGAUGGAAUUGAAUAUGCAGAUUCUUUUACUUUUAACCCUUCUAAAUGGAUGAUGGUUCAUUUUGACUGCACUGGAUUUUGGGUUAAAGAUAAAUACAAGUUACAUCAAACCUUCAGUGUUAACCCUGUCUACCUCAGACAUCCCAAUUCAGGAGCUGCUGUUGAUUUCAUGCACUGGCAAAUUCCACUGAGUCGUCGAUUUCGUUCUUUGAAGCUGUGGUUUGUGAUUCGUUCAUUUGGGGUGAAAAAGCUUCAAGCUCAUGUCCGACAUGGUACUGAAACAGCCAAAUUCUUUGAAUCAUUGGUUAGAAGUGAUCCACUCUUUGAAAUUCCUGCCAAGAGACAUCUUGGACUGGUUGUAUUUCGUCUAAAGGGUCCCAACUGGCUGACAGAAAAACUCCUGAAAGAACUAAGCAGUUCUGGCAGGCUCUUCCUUAUUCCAGCAACCAUUCAUGACAAGUUGAUCAUUCGCUUUACUGUAACAUCUCAGUUCACAACCAGGGAAGAUAUUCUGCAAGACUGGAACAUCAUUCAACGUGCUGCAUCCCAAAUCGUUAGCCAGAAUUAUGGGUUGCGCUGCAUCAGUUCUGGUGAUGGGGCAAGAAUCCCUAAUAUGAUAGCUAAGCCUAGUUCCGAUGCCAUUAGUAGUGCUUCUCAGCCUUCUCUAGAUGGAGGAAAAUACAAAACACCUUCCAGAAAAACAGUAGUUCAGCCUAUGAAAUUAGCAGCAAGUCCCAGUACAUGCGUGAUUAGUCAACAAGUGAAAGGUCAAGGGGAUCCUCUAGAUGACUGUUUUCCAGAAGAUGUCCAAGAUGUUACCAAACAUAAGUUAACCUCUUUUUUAUUCAGUUAUUUAUCUGUUCAAGGCAAGAAAAAGACAGCACGUUCCCUUAGCUGCAACAGUGUGCCAAUGACUGGUGGUCUUGAGCAAUGUAACCCCAAAGCAGCAGCCACUGACAAGGAGUCUCAUGCAAAUGCCAGAAUUCUUUCCAGGCUGCCUGAAGAGGUGAUGAUGCUCAAAAAACGUACCUUCAAAAAACUAAUUAAGUUCUACAGUGUCCCAAGCUUUCCAGAGUGUAGCAUUCAGUGCGGCCUUCAGCUGCCUUGUUGUCCACUGCAAGCCAUUGUUUAACAAGUAAAAGAGACUGGUCCUUGAGACCUCUCCAGGUA